UUCAGAAAGGAAACGGAAAAAAAAAAAAUUAAAAAAAAUCCGAUCAUCUUAUUAUGCUUUUCAAGUCGUCUGUUCAAAAGUCGAUUAAUUCUCAGGUCUGGUCUUUGCUGUUUGGUCUCUGAACACAAAAGAAAGCUUUGGUUCUAACUUGAAAGCAAUCUCAUCGGAGUUGGGGUCAUCGUCAUCAUCAGCAUAAUCCUCUUGUUCUUUUCAAUUGUAGGAGCGUGCUACGUUUUUGAUACGUUAUACGAAAUGAAAAAAAUGAAAAAUCUGCUCAAACCCAAACCAGAUCCACAACAACAAUUGAGAGAUUGGCAGAGACGUCUCAGGCAAGAGUGCCGCAACAUUGAACGCCAAAUCCGAGAUGUGCAGAGAGAACAGAAAAGUGUAGAGAAAGCGAUUAGAGAAGCUGCCAAGAGAAAUGACAUGGUCUCAGCAAAGGCACUCGCUAAGGAGAUUGUGAGAUCAAAAAGAGCUGUAAACCGACUUCACGAGAACAGGGCACAACUUAAUUCGAUCUCAAUGCAUCUCGGAGAAAGUGUUGCAAUUGCUCGAACAGUUGGUCAUUUAUCAAAGAGUACUGAGGUCAUGAAACUUGUCAAUAACCUCAUGAAGGCUCCUGAGGUGGCUGCUACAAUGCAAGAGUUCAGCAAAGAAAUGACCAAGGCUGGUGUAAUUGAAGAGAUGGUGAAUGAUGCUGUUGACACAGCUUUAGAUUCAGAAGAUAUAGAGGAAGAGACAGAAGAAGAAGUUGAUAAGGUUUUGAGUGAAUUAGCUGGUGAAACUGCUGCACAGCUCCCUGAAUCUGUCAGGAAGGAGAGAAUAAGGCAACCUGCACAGACGUCGAAAUCUGCACAGGAGGAAGAAGUGAUCGCUGAGGGGGUUGAUGAUGAGGAAGAACUAGAAGAGAUUAGGGAAAGGCUUGCCAAAGUUAGAUCAUAAUAUGUUGACUUCCCACUUUUUACCUCUACCUUGAGGUAGGAAAAUGUGCCUGUAUUAUAUCAACUUAAGUUCAGCACUUCAACCUGUUCUUGGUGAUGCCCUUUCAGCCCUUGAUAUGUCAGGGUUCUAAUCCCAGCUUACAUUUGAAGAAUUAAAUGUGAUGAUUUCCUUGUCACGACUAGCUUUCUUGUAAUUAAUUUGACUAAUAAUUUGGCUGCGUUUGGGCUA